ACGAACGACCGAAAUCCGAGCACAUUCUCUUCCUAUUCUCCCUCGGCCAUCAGCAGGAGGAGCGAGAGCGGCUUCUUUUCCCUCCCUAAUAAGUUCUGCUGCCUCCGCCGAAACUUUCGCUGCAUCACUCGCCCAAUAACUGCUCGAGUGUCUCGAAGAGAUUGCUCUCAUAAAACUUUUGCCCUCGUUAUAUUCCGGCGCGUUCUCGAAGAUUGGAAUCGACUUGAGUUUUGUGUGUCUGCUUGCGUUCGGCGAGAUAAGAUGCAUUAGAGAGCAGUGAAGCGAGCAGACGAAACUGGGCUUGCGAAAACAGCUUGAGUUUAAUACAGUAAAGGGAAUAAGAAAGUGAUACUGGAAAAGAUCGUCUAAAAAAAUCUAGAAAAUUUCUAAGAAUGCAAAUUGAAGUUAAGAAAUGAAAAGAUAUCUGAAGUUAUAAAUUUAAGACAAGUGAAAAGACUAUAAAGAAGGAACUUAUUGGCGACCUAUCAUCUAAAGAAUUUUCCUUACAGAUGCUUCAUCAGAUCUCUUUUAAUGAUUAUUCAGUGUCCAGAAAAUAUCUACUGAAGAAGGAAUAUGCAACAAUAUCCAAUUACUUGUUGAAAUUUUAAACAAAAAUAUAUACAAUUAUUUACUGUUUCGAUUUUUAACCUAUAUUAUAUUGUUAUAAUUAUUUUUAACAUUUUAUUUUUUUCUGAAAUAAGUAGGAAAAUAAAUGAUAAGCAGUUUAUUUGUAUAAUUUAAAUAAUUUCUUGCCCAAAAAUUCAAAAUGAAUGGUAACGAAUACCUCGAUAUUGAUGCUGAAAUACAGGAAACACCCCCUAUGGUAGAAUUUGAAGACAUAUCUGACAUCUUGAAUUCUAAUCUCAGCCUGAAAUCUCAGGCAGGUAUUCUUUGCAACAGUUCUUUGUUGAGCAAUGGUACUGAUUGCGGCAACAUGUCUGAUUAUGAUUAUGGCCGUCACGAUUACAGUGACGCUUUCGCAAUGGAACAUAUACUCAGUAUAGUAGUUCCUAUUCUCUUUGGCGUUAUCGUUGUUGUUGGUCUCUUUGGCAACGCCCUUGUGGUGAUUGUGGUUACUUGUAACCCACAGAUGCGGUCUACUACCAAUCUCUUGAUUAUUAAUCUGGCUAUGGCUGAUCUCCUCUUUAUUGUAUUCUGUGUGCCUUUUACGGCUUGGGAUUAUGCUCUGCCUUACUGGCCCUUCGGGGAUGCCUGGUGUAGAAUCGUACAGUAUCUGGUAAUAGUUUGUGCUUAUGCCAGCAUAUAUACGCUCGUUUUAAUGUCAUUAGACAGAUUCUUGGCGGUGGUCCAUCCCGUCACAUCCAUGUCAAUUCGGACUGAAAAAAAUGCCUACAUUGCCAUAGGACUCAUGUGGGUUGUUAUUCUUUUAAGUUGUAUCCCAGCAUUGCAAAGUCAUGGAGAAAUGUUUUACAUGUUCGCUUAUACCGAAUAUUCAGUAUGUGUUUUUCUCGCUACAAUGGGAUACAACUAUGCAGCAUUCCAAAUCUGUUUCUUCUUGUCUUCUUACAUUAUUCCAUUAGGAUUGAUUUUCUGUCUGUACAUGCUGAUGCUUAAAAGAUUGUGGUUUGGCGUUGCACCAGGUGGCCACAUGAGUGCUGAGAGCGUUAAGUCUAAGAAAAGAGUUACAAGAAUGGUCGUAGUUGUGGUGGUGAUAUUUGCAUUCUGCUGGUGUCCAAUACAGAUUGUACUUGUGCUAAAAAGUGUGAGCGCCUUUGAGCUGAACCCAGCCAAUAUAGUCAUACAGAUUACAUCACAUAUCCUGGCAUACAUGAAUUCUUGUGUAAACCCUAUCCUGUAUGCUUUCUUAUCUGAUAACUUUCGCAAAGCUUUCAGGAAGGUGAUAUAUUGCAAUUCUAGAUACAAUCGACCUCAGAGAACCACACAUGAGAGAAAUGAUCGAGAAACUGGCACAUGCGCAACAAAAACAACAAAAGUUGUUAAUGAUAUAGUGUAAACUCAAGUUGCAAUGAUAGGAGAUUGUUACACUGUGGUAAAAGUACAAUAAUUUAAAAAAACAAAAACACACAGAGAUUUCUCGAGUAAAAAAAAGUUUCAAUAUCCUAACUAAAUUAAAUAUUUCAGUUUCAAAACUAUGUUUAAAAUUUUCAACGAUAAAAAUUCCAUUUAAGUUUUGCCAAAUAAUUAUCUCUGAUACGUAAUAUAUCGUAUUCCAAGAUUCCAGAAUAACAUGGUUUUCGAAGAUUUGGUAUGAAAACACCAAUUGAGACUUUAUUUCUUAUUUUUUUAAAGUAUUAUCUCAAUUGUAAUGCAGACAUAUUAUUCAAUUUACU